UUGCAAGCCCAGCCCCCUCCUUUGUGUGGCGGCGCCGGGAUUGGUCGGCUGCGGGCGGGGGCUGCCGUCAGCGCUCGGGAAGCCCAUUCAUCUGUGCACUUGGGCGUUGGACUCCGCAUCUUAUUAGCAACCAGGGAGAUUUCUCCAUUUUCCCCUUGUCUACAGUGCGGCUACAAAUCUGGGAUUUUUUUAUUACUUCUUUUUUUAAAAAAACUACACCUGGGCGCCUUUUUUUUGUGCUCGACUUUUCCCCCUUUUCCCUCCCUCCUAUGCUGCUGCUUUUUGAUCUCUUCGACUAAAAUUUUUUAUCGGGAGUGUAUAUAAUCGGUUCUGUUCUCUUUUCUUCCACCACCCCCAUCCCCCCUCCCUCUGGUGUGUUGCUGCUGCUGCUGCUGCUACUGCUGCUGCUGAUCGCCCAGUAUUUAUACCAACCCAAGGCUCUUUGUUUCCCCCCUUUUGGAUCUGUUGAGUUUCUUUGUUGAAUAAGCCAGCAUGGGUGCCCAGUUCUCUAAGACCGCUGCAAAAGGCGAAGCUGCUGCUGAGAAACCCGGGGAAGCAGCAGUAGCUGCAUCGCCUUCCAAGGCAAAUGGACAGGAGAACGGCCACGUGAAGGUGAACGGCGACGCGUCGCCGGCGGCCGCCGAGCCGGGCGCCAAGGAGGAGCUGCAGGCCAACGGCAGCGCCCCGGCCGCAGACAAAGAGGAGUCGGCGGCGGCGACGGGCGCUUCCCCGGCGGCCGGGGCCGAAAAGGAGGAGGCGGCCGGGUCCCCCGAGGCCCCAGCGGCGGCCGGGAGCCCGAGCGAGAAGGAGACCCCAACGGCGACGGCGGGAGCCGGGGAGGGCGAGGGCGCAGAGCCCGCGUCACCCACCGCGGCAGAAGGCGAGGCAGCGUCUGCGUCGUCGUCGUCGUCCCCUAAGGCGGAGGACGGGGCGACGCCUUCUCCCAGCAGCAACGAGACCCCGAAAAAAAAAAAGAAGCGCUUUUCCUUCAAGAAGUCCUUCAAGCUGAGCGGCUUCUCCUUCAAGAAGAACAAGAAGGAGGCGGGCGAGGGCGGCGAGGCCGAGGGCGCGGCCGGGGGAGCUGCGGGCCCCGCCGCUGCCGCCGAGGGCGGGAAGGACGAGGCCGCGGGCGCGGGCCCCGCCGCCGCCGCGGGCUCUGCGGCUGCCCCCGAGGGCUCGGCGGCCACGGGCGGGGAGGAGGCCGGCGGGGCGAGUGAUGAGGCCGCGGCCGGGGAAGACGCGGGGAGCGGGGCCGGCGGCGACGCGUCCACGCAGGAGGCCAAGGCCGACGAGGCCGCGCCCGAGAAGGCGCCCGCGGGGGACGAGGUCAAGGGCGCCUCGUCCGACGAGGCCAAGAAGGCCGAGGAGAAGGCCUCCGCGGGCGAGGAGGCCCCUGCCGCGACCUCGUCGGGUGCUGAGAGCCCCGCGGCCGCCGCUCCCGAGGCCGAGGCGGCCAAAGCCGAGGAGCAGCAGCCCCCCGCAGCAGCAGCCACAGCCACAGCCUCGACAGCCUCAGCAGCCCCCACACAGGAGGCCCCGUCCGAGUCCAGUCCAGAAGCCCCCCCAGCCGAGGCGGCCGCAGAGUAAACGGGCAAGAGGUUUUGAGAUAAUCGAAGAACUUUUCUCCCCCCUGUUUGUUUGUUGGAGUGGUGCCAGGUACUGGUUUUGGAGAACUUGUCUAUAACCAGGGAUUGAUUUUAAAGAUGUCUUCUUUUUUUUAAUUUUUGCUUUUUUUUUUUAAGAAAAAAAAACAAUUUUUCUCUCCCUCCCCACAGAUCCCAUCUCAAAUCAUUCUGUUACCACCAUUCCAACAGGUCGAGGGAGAGUUUAAACACCCCUCUCUCUGCCUUGUUCCUUUUAUUUUUUUUUGCAUCAGUAUUAAUGUUUUUUGCAUACUUUGCAUCUUUAUUCAAAAUGUAAACUUUCUUUGUCAAUCUAUGGACAUGCCCAUAUAUGAAGGAGAUGGGUGGGUCAAUAAGGGAUAUCAGAUGAAGUGAUAGGGGCCACAAUGGGGAAAUUCAAGUGGUGCAUAAAAUUGCCAAGAUGAUGUGCCACGAGAAAUGAUGAGGUAAAGGGGUUAGUCUUUU